ACAUCUCAUGCAUGGUUGGAUCGCGCCGGCAAUGCUUUCGUGACCUUUUGGGCUACUUACCAGCGAUCAUGGGUUUGUUCCUAGUCAUGCCCGCUGACCAAAUGACUUUCCGCAGAGCAUGUGAAUAUGCCCAAUCUCAUCACCGCACACUGGUCUGUCCCGAGACUCAGAGGUUGCUCACAUGUCCUAUUGAGGCUCCUAUACACCUUGACCUCCCCCCUCGUUCUCCUUGCUCUCAGUCAUUUGCGUCAGAAUGUCAUAUCCGUUAGGUUUCCCUUCACAGCAACCGCUGUUGACGGUCACGCAUCCUUCUGCGACUACAUGGCUCAUUGAGAUGCACAAUGGCGACGACAGUCGCUUCACGGAGCAUUUCAUAAGCAAGGCUUGGAUGCCUGCGCUGGACGCCGUCGAACGUCACUGGCGAGAGAACUGGCGCGCCGCGAGGGCGGCGAAGGACAAAGAGGGUGGCAAGGGCACUCUCGUAAUCGUCGGAAAGCGGAAGCAAAGCAAGUUCUUCAGCAAUGGACUCGACUACGACAACUUGAUCAAGGACCCCAAUUUCGGCACGAACUUCUUCCCUUUGGUGUUCAACCCCCUCAUCCGGAAACUGCUCACUUUCCCGAUUCCUACCGUCGCCGCUAUCAACGGCCACUGCUUCGCCGCCGCCCUCAUCCUCGCUCUUUGCUGCGAUUACCGCGUCAUGACCGACGGCAGCAGUCGUAACGUUUGGAUGUGUAUGAACGAGGUGCACUUCGGUGCCGGAUGGCCGCUGUCCCUUGCAGGGGUUGUUCGGGCGAAGGUCUUGGAUGGCAGGGUCCAACGCAAGAUCGCCUUGGAAGGGCACCGAUUCACCUCUACAGAGGCACUCGAAGCCGGUAUGGUAGACCACCUCGUCAAGGGUGACACAGAGGCGGUCAUCGCCAAGGCUCGUCAGGUCGGCGAGUCGGUGAGCGGAAUGGCAUGUCAGGGUGUCUGGGGCGUGAUCAAACGCGAUUUGUACAGGGAUGCGCUGGAGACGAGUGAGAGGACAGUGUUGCCAGCAAAUGCCUUGUCAGACGACGCAGCAGCGAAGGCAAGGUUGUAGUUGUCUGUCUAGUCACUUGUGUUUCUCCUGGAGUAUGGACCAUGAGGGCGCUGUACCUGAACCCGCUCAAGCCUGUUCAGACACUCCUUGUCGGGCUCCAUUUGUACACAGAGAAGUUUCUACCCAUCUUUAUUAGAGCGCUUGAAGAGAACUACCAGCGAAGAGCUCGAGCUUUCGUAUUCCGGCAAGACCAAUAGCAGUGUGAUGAGCAAGAGAGGACGAACGCAGUGCUUCGACUGAAAUAGGAGAUACGUGCGUCGUACAGAAAUCGCUGUACAGGAGUCUUGUAAGCAUGACAUGAGGAUAAUGCAACGCACAAGAUGCACGCACCAUCUACGACGACUUGAACAUAU